GAGGAGGGUCUCCCAGCCGGGCCGAUUCGCAAGCUCUCUGAGCCUGCGUCCGCCUAGAGGGAGGGCUUCCCUGGCCCGGCCAGAGUGGCUCAAAGCACAAACGACUGUCAAGAGUGUAGGCGAGCGGAGGUGCCGGAAGUGUCUGCGCGCCGUGAGAUAGCUUUCCUGCUCCGGCUGCGGCCCGGAGCCUCCACCGCCUCGGUGUUGGCAGCGACGAUGCGCCCUGAUGACAACGACCUGAGCGGACUCGCGCCUCGGCCCACCGCUAGAGUCUGCACACUCCUCACCGCAGGAGAAGCCUGAGUCCAGAGGCGUCCACGCGCCGCGGGAGCCCUGUGCUGGCGGCGCGGCGCUCGGGGCCCAUUUCCUUUGCUCCGUCCGCUGGCGUCUUGGCCGGUUCCCCGCGAUCGCGCGUCCUCAGCGCCGGCCGCGGUCGCCGGCUGUUCCCGCCCUCACCGCCGGCCGGGACGUGCCCCGGGUGGCUGCUGGUAGCGUCUGUGCCAUGGGGCUGCCUACUCUGGAGUUCAGCGAUUCCUACUUGGACAGCCCGGAUUUUAGGGAGCGCCUGCAGUGUCACGAGAUUGAACUGGAGCGAACCAACAAGUUCAUCAAAGAGCUCAUUAAGGACGGCUCUCUGCUCAUUGGGGCGCUGAGGAAUCUGUCUAUGGCAGUACAGAAAUUUUCCCAGUCACUGCAAGAUUUCCAGUUUGAAUGUAUUGGUGAUGCUGAAACAGAUGAUGAAAUUAGUAUUGCUCAGUCAUUAAAGGAAUUUGCAAGGUUACUCAUUGCAGUAGAAGAAGAAAGGAGGAGACUGAUUCAAAACGCUAAUGAUGUAUUAAUUGCUCCACUUGAGAAAUUUCGCAAAGAACAGAUAGGUGCAGCAAAAGAUGGAAAGAAGAAGUUUGACAAGGAGAGUGAAAAGUACUAUUCUAUUCUUGAUAAACAUUUAAAUUUGUCUGCAAAGAAAAAGGAAUCUCAUUUGCAAGAGGCAGAUACACAGAUUGACCGAGAACAUCAGAAUUUUUAUGAAGCAUCACUAGAGUAUGUCUUUAAAAUUCAAGAGGUUCAAGAAAAAAAGAAGUUUGAAUUUGUUGAGCCGCUUUUGUCAUUCCUUCAGGGUUUAUUUACUUUUUACCAUGAGGGAUACGAACUCGCCCAGGAAUUUGCACCAUAUAAGCAACAGCUUCAGUUCAACUUACAGAACACAAGGAAUAAUUUUGAAAGUACUCGACAAGAGGUAGAGCGGUUGAUGCAAAGAAUGAAAUCUGCCAACCAAGAUUACAGACCACCCAGCCAGUGGACAAUGGAAGGCUACCUUUAUGUCCAGGAGAAACGACCACUUGGUUUUACAUGGACUAAACAUUAUUGUACAUAUGAUAAGGGAAGUAAAACAUUUACAAUGAGUGUUUCAGAAAUGAAAUCCAGUGGGAAAAUGAAUGGCCUUGUUACCGGUUCACCAGAAAUGUUUAAAUUGAAAUCUUGUAUCCGACGAAAGACAGAUUCAAUUGACAAACGAUUCUGCUUUGACAUAGAAGUAGUUGAAAGACAUGGAAUCAUCACAUUGCAGGCAUUCUCAGAAGCUAAUCGGAAACUCUGGCUUGAAGCCAUGGAUGGUAAAGAACCGAUUUACACCCUGCCUGCCAUUAUUAGCAAGAAAGAAGAAAUGUACUUAAAUGAAGCAGGGUUCAACUUUGUGAGAAAAUGCAUUCAAGCUGUGGAAACAAGAGGCAUCACUAUUUUAGGCCUCUACCGAAUAGGAGGAGUAAACUCCAAAGUUCAGAAACUCAUGAACACAACAUUUUCUCCAAAAUCCCCUCCUGAUAUUGACAUUGAUAUUGAAUUGUGGGAUAAUAAGACAAUAACAAGUGGACUGAAAAACUACCUCAGAUGCCUUGCAGAACCACUGAUGACUUACAAGUUACACAAAGAUUUUAUUGUUGCAGUUAAAUCUGAUGACCAAAACUACCGGGUGGAAGCUGUACAUGCAUUGGUGCACAAAUUGCCAGAAAAAAACAGAGAGAUGCUGGACAUCUUAAUAAAGCACCUCGUCAAAGUAUCACUACACAGCCAACAAAAUCUCAUGACUGUCUCAAACCUUGGAGUCAUAUUUGGCCCAACUCUAAUGAGAGCACAAGAAGAAACUGUGGCUGCCAUGAUGAAUAUUAAAUUUCAGAAUAUUGUGGUUGAAAUUCUGAUCGAGCACUAUGAAAAGAUUUUUCAUACUGCCCCAGACCCAAGCAUUCCUCUUCCUCAGCCUCAGUCUCGAUCUGGAUCCCGAAGGACACGAGCAAUCUGCCUCUCCACAGGUUCCCGGAAGCCUAGAGGGAGGUAUACACCGUGCUUGGCAGAACCUGAUAGUGACUCUUACAGCAGCAGCCCAGACAGCACACCCAUGGGGAGCAUUGAGUCACUCUCCUCUCACUCCUCUGAGCAAAACAGCACAACCAAGUCUGCUUCCUGCCAGCCCAGGGAGAAAUCUGGAGGGAUUCCUUGGAUUGUAUCCCCAUCACCUUCCAAUGGACAGAAGAGUCUUGGACUCUGGACAACUAGUCCUGAAUCAAGUUCUAAAGAGGAUGCAACCAAAACGGAUGCAGAAUCAGAUUGCCAGAGUGUUGCCUCGGUCACCAGCCCAGGGGAUGUUUCCCCACCCAUAGACCUGGUCAAGAAAGGGCCAUAUGGGCUUUCAGGACUGAAAAGAGCCUCAGCUUCCUCUCUCAGAUCCAUCUCUGCAGCUGAAGGAAGCAAGAGCUACAGUGGAUCCAUUCAAAGCUUAACUUCUGUAGGUUCCAAAGAGAUGCCCAAAGCCCCACCACACCCAGACCUGCCUCCAAAAAUGUGCAGGAGGUUAAGGCUGGACACUGCCUCGAGCAACGGCUACCAGCGACCUGGAUCUGUUGUGGCAGCAAAAGCCCAACUGUUUGAAAAUGUUGGUUCACUUAAGCUGGUUUCUUUUGGGCGCCAAGCCAAAGCCAUGUACUCUUGUAAAGCAGAGCACAGCCAUGAGCUUUCCUUCCCACAGGGGGCGAUAUUUUCUAAUGUGUACCCAUCAGUGGAACCGGGAUGGUUGAAAGCAACUUAUGAAGGCAAAACAGGACUCGUUCCAGAAAACUAUGUUGUCUUCUUCUAAUACUGUUUAGUGGAUGGCAGUAUCUUCAUGGUAUCCAUGGUAACAAUAAUAAGUGCUAUGAUUUUAUCUGACACAGAUAUGGGAAUCAGCCCACUAAAUGAAAAGUAAAUUUCUGUUAAGUUUCUACACCAGCAGACUAUGUAGCUCCCUAUAAAUGGAAAAGAAAAAAAAAAAAUGCUUAAAUUGCUUGCCAUGCCAUUCUUUUUAUUUUUUACUUCUUGACUGGUUUCUUAUUUUAAAAUCUUUCUUCCCCUGUUUUUUCUGAUAAGUAACUCUACACAUUGUCUCUUCCAUAACAAUUGUAGAAUCUCAAAUACUGUGUUAAGUACUGUAUCCCAGAAAUUUGGAAACUAGAAAUUUGCUGUAAGGAUUUUUAGAUAUGUCCUUUACUGUCUGGCAUUCUCUGAGGAACCUUGAAAUCAUUACUUAAAAAUGUAAUUUAAAUUGUUCAUUUAUUUUUUUUCUUAAGAAUUUACUUCUUUUAUAUAUGAUUGUUUUGCUGGUCCUAAACAUUUCAAGGAAUAAGUUUUUUUUUUAACAUAAGUUUAUUUUUAUUUGUUUACCAAGUAGAUGAUAUUCAAAAGGAAUAAUGUAUAUGAUGUCUAUAAAUGAAAUCAAAUUAAGUCAUACACUGAUUUCAAUAUAAACACUCCACUCAGCAUUCCAGAUGCCUUCUGUGGGCAUAGCAGGGAUUAGCAAACUAUUUCUGUCAAGGCCUGAUAGUAAAUAUUUGGGAGUUUUGCAGACCGUGAAGGUCUUCACCAUAAUACCCAACCCUGCCAUUGUAGCAGAAAGCACCCAUAGACCAUGAAUAAGCAAAUGAACAUGGCUUACUUAGUACCAAUACAACUUUAUUUAUGGACCCUGAAAUUUGAAAAUCAAAAUUCUCACAUGUCCUGGAAUGUCAUCCUUCUUUAACUUCUUAAAAUCCAUUUAAGAAUAGAAGUAUUUUAGCUGAUGAGCCAUACAGAACUGGUGGCAAGCCAGAUUUGACUCAUGGGUCUUGGUUUGCUGACGCCUGGUUAAGAGGAUGUAUAAAGCUAUCUUUAUAAUUUGGGGGUUUUAUGAAAUUUUACUAUAUUAACAUAUAAAUAACAACACAUAACAUGUAAUUUUACUACAUCAACAUGAUAAGUCAUAUGCAUAUAUCAUCUCCUAGUGGCAUCACAAAAUAUAACUACAGUAAUAGGAAAACAGUGUAAAAAGUGCAGUUUUAAGGCAUGCAGCCUGAAUUGUACUUGAGACACUGUGAAGUGUCAACGUAUAUUAUUGUUAUCUAAUUUUAAUUUUGGCUUUUGAGAAAUUCUUGUACAAAUGAAUAAGAUGUUUUUUAAAGACACUAGUAGAAAAGCUAUGCGUUUUAAAUUCUACACUUAAUUGCAAUAGAAACCAAACAUAAAGAUACAGGAUUCUUAAAUUAUUUUGAGCCACAGAAUUUAAAAUUGCUUAGUCAUCUUUAGCAGGAAUAAAAUCUGUACGUGAUUUUCUUUUAUGCUUUUCAGUUUACAGCCUUUAUUAAGAAUUCACUGAAUUUAUAAAACAUAGAAAUAGGUAUUUACUACCAAUUUAAAUGUAUCACCAACAUCUAGUCAUGCAUCAGCCAUUAUUUCUGUUAUUUCUAUUUCAAUUAUUCUAAAAUGUUAUUUCUAUAAAUAUCUGCAUGUAGCAAAGAGCCUUUUUUCUCAAGAUUCCAAAAAGCCAGUUGCUCACCAUUGCCUCCCACAGGACUGGUCCACUGGGCCAUGAUAUUUUACUUGUUACUUCGGAGUUCUCCACUGUACAGACACACUCAGGUAUUGACUGCAUAAAACUCUUUUUAUGUGAUUAUAUAAUCUGUAGUCUCAAUUUCUUCUACUUUAAAUGAAUGUUUCUAGAGUUAACAGGUUAAAUUAUGUGUCCACACAUAUACACACAACUAUGUCUUGGAGCAUUUAUGCUUUUAAAAUUAAAAAUGGAAUACUGGAUUAGAACUUAAAAAGAAUAACUGUAGGCAGAGUCACAACCAGAAAUAAGUAUCACUGCAUUGAAAUAAAGGAAUGAAAAAUAUUUAAUGUUGUAAAAAUUAGUAAUAUAAUGAAAAAAUCUGAUAAAUGUUUAUUUUUUACCUCCUGCUAUUUGAUCCUUGUAUACUUAUAAUCAGGUGUUGCUAGAGCUUUUUGGUCUCUAGAUCCUUGGUGGCCCUUACUAGUAAUAAUAACAUUGCUAACACCCUGACUACCCUCUGCUGGAACAGAAGGUAGUUUUUCCAAUGUACCAGUCCCUUAGUUAUAUGACACUCUCAGUUUAAACACCCUUGCCAUCAUCUGGCAUCCUACUAGAUUAGAACCUCUUAAUGGCAAAUUGAUUUUCUUUCAAAGACCAACUUGACUCCAAAGAAAGAUUCAGAAUUCUACUUCACUUGCUGCUGCAUAGAGAAAUCUCAGCCUUCAUUUUAUUUUAACACAGACCAGAGUGUUCCUUCCUCUGAGUUGUCUGAGAGCUAAUUCCACUGAUGAUCAGUAAGGAAUUAAAGGUCUUGCUGUAUAAGACAUGAAUGUGAAGCCCAGCUCUCCUUUCUCAUACUGAGGCAUUUAUUGUGGCAUUACUUACUAUGGUCCCUUUUUUGAAAUAGACAUACAAGUGCUUUUUCAAAUUGUACUUCUUUCUGCAGUUUUAACAUUAUAGACUUAUGGGUAUGGUCCUUUUUCCUUCAUAUUGAUUAUAUGUGUAAGUAAGUCAUGGCCAUAUACUGCAGACAGACUAAUGCUGCUUUUCCUUAGAAAUAAUUUUCCUACAGAUAAGGUGUUUAUGAGCAUUGAGAAAAUCAAGACAUGUGCUCUAAAUUACAUGAAGUAUUAAUUACACAAGAAGGUGAUGGCAGUCAUUGAAACAGGAUCACAUUAAAAGUUGUAACCACAUUUCAAUAAUGAAACUUUAGCUUUUCGGGGACGGUAUGAAGAUAUGUUAGAAUUGCCACAUGCACACCUUCAGAAUGCACAGUGUGGACACCCUAAACACCUCUUACAGUAUAAUCAGUAUGAGGGAGAGAUUGAUAAGUCUAAGUUAAUCAUCUUGUGUACAUUGUGAAAAUAUCAAGUACAAAACAUUUAUAUAUUUAAAAAGUGACUCUUUUGUUAUGCCAUAACUUUACCAAGUUUAUAGAAACUAGUCAGUUAACUAAAGGCUUUUCUUUGUGUAAAUGUCUGAAAAGUAAAAUAAUCUUUGUAUUCCUGUGAAGUCCAUGAAGUAUGAGGAAGUGCCAUUUCUUCUUGUUUGAUUUGAGUGGUUUUGGUAGUUGUCUUGGCUCUCUGUGCUUUGUAAUGUGAGUGAGGGCAACCAAGUUUCUCAACAGUGGCUUCUUGGCUGGCUCUUUCAGGGAUGGUGGAGGAAAAAAAAUGUACUUUAUAAUCUCAAACUAUCCAAGUUCCCAAGUAGGAAAAAUAAAGAUACACAAUAACUUUUAUUCUUACCCUAUGAUAAUUGGUUUUACAUAUUGCAGCACGCCUUUUAAAAAAACACCAGGUUGAAAAAAAAAAGAAAGUCCAUUAGGUUGUAAGGAAAAAAAGUUUAGCACCGUAAUCCUGUGGUGAUAACCUCAUUCACCUUAUUACUCCCAGCCUCAUUGUUCAAGUCUGUGUUUAUUUCUGAUAUGAGAAGGAUAUCAUUCCUAUGGAUGCUGGUGUAGGAGAGUCCUUCAGAGCCUUCUUUCAAACAACUGUACCUGUAGUAUACCCCUUAAUUAUGUAUUCAGGAUGCUUUAAUUAGCAUUUAGAGCUCCAAUUUGAAUUAUAUUUUAUUGACUUAUUGACUUACAAGUCAGUAAGACCAUUUACAGUCAGAUUUUGUUCUUUGUUUUUACAGUACCUUGGUAACUUGCAGCCGUUACUAUGUAUGAUCUAAUAACAUCACUGAGUAGGACCCCAAAUCAUAUCUCCUGGUAAAGAAAAAAACAAGAGAAUUUACUAUUGUCCAGAAGUUAUUUUGCACUUGACUAAAGGUUUCCCAUUAUGGUAAAAAUUGCUAUUUACUUUUGGUUCCUGUCUUUUUUGGUUACCUUCAAAAAUCAAAACCAUUUUUACAAAUGAAGUUAACCUUUUUGAAUAGUCUAUGUCCUGCCUGUCUCCUGUUGAGCUACAGACUUAUUGCCAGCUAUUUAUCAACUGGUCUUAGUUGAUACAUUCACUGUAUCCAUUAGUUGUCACCAAAAUCUCCCUGCUUCAAAUGUGCAAUCUUAGAUGAACUCUGGCUUAUAAGUGACAUGUGCUUUUAAAGGAUCAGAUCAAUAAUAAAUAAGAUUUUUCAUUUUUUAUGGCAGCUGCAUCCACUGUUUUAAAUCAGGAAUUUCAAAUAAUGUUGACAGCACUCGCAGUGAGCCAUUGGCAGAAAACCGAUCUGAAUAUUCUAGAACAGUGUUCAGAAGCUGUUGUAUUAGUUAGGGAAGCCAGUAGGUCAUCACUUCCCUCCCUGGCCCUCAAGAGAGAUGCCAGGUUCAGAGGUAGAACGUUUCUUGGUGCUAUGGGGAGAAAUGGAGUCUGUGUGUUUACUGAGGAGUCCCAAAAGGCAGGAGUCAUUUAUAGUUAUUACAAACAUAAAUAUCCAUCAUCCAAGAUGUUCAUUAUAGGGCUAUGUUAGGAAUUUAAGUAAUGGAGGGGGGUGGGGGCCAAAGGUGCUGACACCACCUAAUUAUGACCACUUUCUCCCCUUUGUACCAUCUGCCAUCUCUCAGCAGUGUUUCCUUUGGGCUUUACCCUUCCAGGGUUGAGAGUAGCCUGACUUUGCCUUAAAUCCAUUCAGUCUCUUAGAUUAAAAGUGUGCAUUGUUUUCUCUAUGGCAGCAUGUUAGAAGUUUUACAUAUGGCUUUGCAUCUUCAUUUACCUUUUUACAAACACUGACUGCACAUGAUUUAUGCUUAAAGUCAGAUAUCAUCACAUUGAGGGCUGUGACUUCAGGAAGAUCUGAAACCUUUACAACUAAAUAGGGAGUUUGGCAGGGAAGAUGACAUUUUUUUAAAAAUUCAGAAUCCUAUUUAUAUACUGUUAAAAUUUAAAGUACUAUAGUUUAUAUUAAAAUUGAAUAUUUAGAUAUUAUAUUUCAGUACUAGGAAUUUUUUUGUAGCCACUAACAUGACAGAUUAAUAAAUAUGAUGAAAAUGAUUGUCAGUAAAUUAUCAUAUUGAAUUGUUUGUAGUGUUUCUGUAUUUGUCUUCACUUUGUGUAUAUAUACACACAUAUACAAAAAUAUGUAAAUAACCUCAUGUUAUUCCUAAUUUCAAUUGCCACAUAUCUUUAAUGUAUGUUGACACUGUAUUUUAAAUUACUUAAAAAAUAAACCAUGUAAGCACAUUUUAAUUUAGUCUUUGUACUUCAAGAGCCACUGUGUUGGAUUCAUAUAGAGAGAAAAACAAAGUUUCAAAUACUGUGAAUGGUCAUUUUGAGUGUGGCUGAGUGGAAAAUCAUAGAAUUAAUAAUCUUUUCCUGACAGUUGGACCUUUUCCUAAGAAAUUGGCAUUAUGACAGAUCAGGAAAAUGUUAAUGUUGGUACCUAUUAAUGAUGCACGUGUCUACCAGAGAGAGAAGUAGAUGAGCCACAAACAAAAUAUCAAAUAUAACAGGUAUGCAGGCUUACCCAAAAAUAUAAGUUUGCAAAAGUUUACAAAUGUGCUAUGGAAGAAGUAUCAGCAUGAAAACUACACCCUUAGUUUUUUAUUAGUUUUAUGACCCUUUUGGUCACUAUUUGACUUCUACCUAAAAUUUUGUUUUUCUGUAUCAGAAAAAAAGAGAAUCAUGUAUUUAUUUUGUGCUGCUAGGGUGGAUUGUUGGAGCGCAACACUUACCUUGCAGAACCGUAAGCCUGACAGAUUAAUAAUAGGUCCACUGAGCAUACAACCUGAUUUGCUCAACUGGAUUGUACCUUCCUCAGUAUUAGAAGAGAAGCGAUAAAUUCAUGACACAAGACUGUUGAGAUAAAAAGACUAAUGUGAAUAAAUUCCAGUAUGAGUAAGCAGGAAAGGACUCCUAGUAUAGAUAUUAGAAAUCAUUGUGGAUCAGCCACUGUUUGGGAAUGUUGGGUUGGAAGGAAUCAACCUAGGCUGGACUCCCUUAUAAUAACUGAUAUUUUAGAAAUAGCAAAAACUAACUCCCAAUAGCCAAAACUAGAAUGGUUUGAACAACAAAAUAAGUAAUAUAUCAGAUGAUUGGGUUAUGACCCAAAUUAUAAAAUAUCCAUGAAUCUAUACUGAUACAAAGGACAAUAAAUUUUGUUUAUGUAAACACAUGUAAAAUAGGGAAGAGACAGAUACUCUUCAGAGAAGAAUUCCAAAUAAUUGGAAUUAUUCUACUCUUUCCUCUAGGUGGUAGAGUUUAACUUUUCCCUUGUUGAGGAUGGGCUGUUAGACUUAGUGACUAAUUUCCAAAAAGAGUAUGGAAAACGAUUGUAACUUGACAGAGAAGCCUGUCAGAUACUAUCCUAACCAAGUGAUAAAAGUUAACAUCAUCCGUGAUACCAUGUGGUUAUCUUGUAAUCCAUAAUAUGAUGUGAUGAGAAAAGCCUGUCAACUCUGUGGUUUUCUUUCCCCAAACCCAUAUCUCCAGUCUAAUCAUAAACAAACACCAGACACAUCUGGAUGGGGGCCAUUCUACAAGAUAGAUACUAAAUCAGUAAUUCUCCAGACUGUCAAGGUAAUGAAAAAUAAGAAAUUGUCACAGAUAAAAGGAGAACUGGGAGACCAGACAGCUGAAUGCAUUGUGAAUCCCUGGAUUAGAUCCUAGAAGGGAAAGAAGACAUCAGUGGAAAAACUCAUGAUAUCCAAAUAAAGUAUAAAAUUUAGUUAAGAGUGAAAAAAAAAGAAAACAGUAACAAAAUCAGCCACAAGAUCGUGACAUGAACUAGAGCCACCUUAUCUCCUUUUUGGAAUUUAAGUCACUUUUAUUCAAGAUUUAAAUACUUUCACGUUUUUCCCUACUAAAUUUUGGGAUCUGUGAGCAGGACAUACCACUAGUUCAUUGCCGGGUUUCAGGCAGUUGAGAUCAGCUUGGUAUACACCACGGCCCGCCCCUUUCAUUAAAUGAAUAAAUUCACUAGCAAAGGAAUAAUCAUUGUAAACUGUUUCAGGAUUUAGAUAAUGCAGUUGUAGGCUUGGGUUGUUUUCUGUCUGUGUCUUCUUGCCCAGGAAUAGUGGAAUUCAUUCUUUAACAUCCUGUGAAUGUAUGGUUCACCAUACAUAUGUAUAUAUCAGUGGAGUAAACAUAUCCCCCCACACACGGAUAUUAUGUGUUCUUAAGGAUUAGACACAGAUUUGCUCUUCUCAGCACUGGACCUAUAAAAACUUGGUUGAUUGAGCUGAAUGAUUUAAGGAUGAUGUUGAAGAACUCAACUUCCUAAACCAUUAAACACAAAAUAACCCCAAAAGAAGCUAUGUUAAACUUAAAGUUGAAUUUCUUGAGCCAAAGAAGUUGUACUGUUAAAAUUUCACACAGCCAAAAAUUUAGAAGCAAAAUCUUUUCCAAGUUUUUUAUACAAUGGUUCAAGUUGUUUUUAAAAAAAAAAAAUGUAGAUGAAAACAUUUGAAACCUCUUUAUGUAGGAUGCCCUUGGAAACACAAAUCCCCAAAAUACUGAAAUUGAAUGCUUGUGAAUGCUGUUUCUGGAUGUUUAGGGUAAAUGAGUCAAGCAUGGCAUUCAGCAGGACUCUGCUUGUUGAUAGAAAUUAGUUACGUAGAAAUUAGUUAUCUGAAACAUUCUACCUCCAAAUUGCCGGAAGCCUGUCUCCUGAAAAAGAUUCUCAGGAUAGGCUGGGCUAGAGAAAGAAAAAUAACAGCCUAUCUCCCAAUCCUCAUUAUGGUUUUAAAUAUUCACUAAAUCACCUAUUUACAGAAAGAUUUUUCACAGAAUGAAUGAAUCAUAAGUUGCCUUAGCAAAUAUACAGUUUAAAUGCCUUUCAAGCAUUUUUGAAGUAACAAUUAUUUCUUCAAAUAAAUCUGACUUGAAACAAUAUGUUAAAUAUGAUCCAAGCUACUAGAAUGUGUGCUUACAUGUGUGUUAAAGAAUGCCUUCCUUCCUCCAUCCAGGCCCACAGCCUAUCUGGCAUCUCCCUAGAACACUUAGGGCUUUUUAGAACAAGUAUGGAAAUGACUUAGUCUAAAUUUCUGCAAAUUUGGAGACUGGGGCCAUAUCAACCCCUUUAUAGCAGAAUCAUGACUCUUCUCUCUGCUGUUAUCUGACCACUAACUUCUUGAAUAUGUGGGGAGGGUAGCUUCUCCUAUGCUUUCAUCUUUCUGAAGUCUAACCUUAUCUGAAAAGGAUAUCCUCUGAUAAAUAUCUUCCCUGAUAGGCACACAGGGAGCAGAAAAGCCAAAAAAGUAAGAUUCAACCAGACUUGGCUGUUUAAGGAGAAAGACUUUUUUUUUUUUCUUAAUUUUUGGUUUGUGAAAAUUUCUGAAAAUAGGUAUAAAAUACCUAGCCUAGUGCCUUGUACCUAGUAGGUAUUACUGGAUAGCUAUAUUAAAGACUCCAGGGGUUUUAUAGUUGAGUUUGCAGAUUUCUGAUGUAAAUGGCAAAAGAAUCAGUGAAACAUCAAACAGUAUCAAUAGAAGUUAAAUCAUGGCUCCCAAAUGUAUGGUCAACAGCCACUAAGCAAAUGUUCUCCCUUACACUGUUACAUGAUCCUCUGAUACUACUAGACACAGCCACUGGGUGUCUCUCUCUCUCUCUCUCUCUCUUUUUUUUUUUUUUUUUUUAGGAAAGAACACAGACUGGAAGGUUAGUUUCUCUGACCGAAUGUCACAUAGUUGGUGGUGGUAGAGCUACAAGGUGUCGUUCUUUGAAACUCAGUACUCUUUACAAUGAACCACCUUUUUAGUACACCAAGUGAAGUAUGAUAAAGCUUUAUGUAUCACCACACUUGAAAGAGUUCUUUGGCAAACAAGCUUAUCCAGAAGAAAGAUGAAGUUGGUGAAGAGACUAGAAACCCUGUCCUCUGAAAAAUGUUUUAGAUCAGAGUGUUGCUCCUCCCAAGUGUGACCUUUGGACCACUUUAAAAGCUGUUUACAAAUGCAGAACCUCAAUCAGGAUCUGCAUUUUAACAAAACUGCAAGAUAAUUUAGAUAAACAGGGCAGUUUGAAAAGCACAGGUUUAGCAGAACUUUGAAUGAGGCCUUUGGGGAGGCCUUUGGGAAUAUCUGAGGGCAAAAAAAGACUAGACUCAUUUCUUAUAAAGGCCAAAGAUAGAAUCUUGGAAGAAGUCACAAAGAUUGAGAUUAAGGUUUAAAAAUAAUUUUAUCAUCAAGUAUUCUAAAAAGAGAACUCAAGAAACAGCUUUCCAUUGUAGGGAGUGUUUAAGUGCAUCUGGGUGACUGACCGUUUGUCAAAAUUUCACAGAGAAAACAGAAAAAUUCAAUGAGUAUUUGAACCAGUCUCAAAAAGCAAUUCUCCAGCACCAAGACCUGUGCAAGUCAUUGGAAAUCUUGAGUAAAUUAGGUAUUAUCCUUCCUUUCAAGAGAACCAUGGUUUAUUUGGGUAACAGGUAAGUAAAAGUCAGUAAUGUGUAUAUGAUGAAAUGCUAAAAAGAGUAAGUAUUGGGGUGCAGAGAAAGGGCACUAUUCUGAACCCAGAAGAUGGCAGAAGUGAUGAAAAAGAAGAUAGGUUGGAUAUAGAGAAAGACAAGUGUGAAUUGAUUGUAACUUGGUGGAUGAUGUCAUCAUCCAGCCAAAUUUUGGCUGAGGUGAGAAGCUGAAAGGAGUGGAGCUCCCUGUAAUAGAUUGGGAUUCCACGUUGCAUGGAGGAAGAGGGAAAUAGAGGAGUUGGGGAGAGGGGAGGAAUAGAGUGGGUGAUAGGGAAGGGCUGGGAUAAGCUGUAUUUAUUCUUUUUUUAUGUCUUCAUCCUUUCAACUAACAUAGUGCCACGCACUGUUGUAGUUGCUCAGCAUUCAGAAAAGAAUUAGACAUGGUCUUUGUUCUUAAGGAGUUCAUAGUUCAAUGAAGGAGACAGACAUGAAUUAAGGUAAGUGUGAUAGAGGUACAAAGUGUGAAAACACACAAUAACCCCAAAAUUUAUAGGGGAAAGGAAGGCAGAGAGGAUCAGAGGAGGUUUUAUACACAGAAACAUCCUAAGUAAACCCUAAAGGAUAGAACAUCACAGAGAAUGAAGACCUAAAGACUUAAAGUUGAAUGAAGUUUCUGAUGGAUUAGAUCUAGUUCUAAGUAGCUGCAAAGCUGAGUGCUUGCAUGGGCACAGUGAUGUCAUUGUGGAAGCAUAGGAUGAGGUAAAAAAAAAAUGUAAAAAACAGGAUUGAUUGUAUGAAGACCAAUCUGAGGAGGCAGUGAGGUUUAGGGAGGAGAAUGGUGUACUCAGAUUCACCUUUAGAAAGACUGGAAUGAAGGGGUGAGUUCAAAUGAAUGUUGUGUCCGGCACUGCAGGAAUGGGGCUGGAGAGGCAAUGUUUCGUAAACACUACAAAAAUGAACAGGCCAGACAAGGAAAUGACUCAUUUGAUAGGUCAAAGUGACAUGACAUGACCAUUUUGAAUGAGUAAUUUAGAGGAUUCAUAUGGGCUCAGAUGUCUGUAGGUUGCUGAGGAAGGAAUCAGCAAUAAAGACAGUGAGCAAAGUUUAUCAAGGCUGAAAGAGGCUGCCAAAAGCACUGGGCAAAGUGAGUGGCUAGAACUGGUUAGUAAAUUUGGUGAUGUGGACUCACUUUGCCUAAGCUAUUCCUCUUUUUGGGAGCACUGCAGGCACUGACAAGCAAGGCUUGGAGAUUGAUGGCUUAAUGCCUCCCCAUAAAAUCCAGGGGCUUUCACUUGAGUUUCAAGGGUAGGCAUAGGUGGUGGGGUGGGACGUGUGAAUUCCCUAGGUUGUAUAGUAAAUGUAUUAUGUCUAGGUAUGCACAUUUUUCCCCCAGGAAGAGGGGCCAUAGAUAACAAUGAUUCAAAAAUUUCCACUCCACAUUUGACCUACCUCCUCCCCAACACUAAGGGUAACAAAUGAGUGCUGCGUUCACAGUAGCUAAAAGUUGUGGCUGGAAUGUCUGUUUGAACCCAGGGUCCCCACUGUGGAAGACCAGAGUGGAGUUUAACUUGGGGCCAGCUUGGUCUCUUCCCGUAUCAGCCUGAGAAAGGAAUGAUUCUCUGUAGAUGAAGCGUAAAAGCACAGGCCAGCCCAGUAAUUUGUGCCUGUUUGAUGAGGGAAUGCUUAUAGAGACCACAACAGGUAUCAGGGGAAAAUAAAGAGGAGGGGCCACUGAGUGUUGCAGAACAUUUAGGCUCCAGUCUUCAUUCAGUCUGUUUCCUGGGGCUGGGUUGUGACCAGCUAAGGAGGUAGCUUUUUUUCUGUUUUGUGAACUUAGGAGAUCCAUGUGCCAGAAAGAAUUCUUCUGGCACUUGUAGAGCAAAAAAGGGCCCUGUCAUUCUCUCCCCCAUGACCUUUGAGGAGUCCAGGAGCAGGCCAGGUUUUGCUCUACCUAAGAAUUGUUGUGUGGUGUGAAGUACAAAGCUAUGGAGUUGUAGGGUGAGUGAAGCUGCAAAAAGUGGCAGAGCUUGGCUUUGCCCAGCCUUUCUUGCUGCUGGUGUCAAGGCUCACCUGCUGCAGACCCCUCCCUGGAUGGGUGGGUUGUUUGUUUUUGUCUGUUUUUUUGCUUGGAAGCCAAGGCUAAAAUAACUCCAAAAUAGGAGUAAGUAACAAUGUCCUCCUUAAGUACUUAAACAUGGUAUAUCAUUCUGUUUCCGGUCUGAAAACAGAACACCCCCUAGUAAGUAGAACAGGUUAAAAUUAAUAUAAUUAAUGUGAAAGGUGACUAUUAAAGAGCCUGACAUGAAGCUCUAAGGAAUACAGAGAUAGUACAUGGUGAAAGCAGCUACACCUGUAAGGCAAAGGGAGAGUACAAAGGAACUAAGAACUAAGAAGAGCCCACUUGAGGGUGAGAUACAGACCUUAUUAUAAAGGGUAUGGCUACCACAGGAUACACAACAGACCGGUUGUUAGAAAGUUGCUAGUGAGUGUGGACCAGAGAACUGACAAUGUGUGGCGGAGAAACUAGCUGGCGGGUUCCAGUUAUGAGCAAGGACCACAGAGGUGAGUGCCACUGGGCUGCCCCUACCUGAUCUGCUUAGUGUCCCUCUUCCUCUCAAUUGACAAAGCCUAAUGUUGCACCAAGGGAUGAGGUCUACCCCCAGUGCCAUAAAGCAGGGAUAAUGUCUUUGGAACUGAAGGCAAUGUAGUGGUAACUGACACACUUGUAAACACUGUUUACCACAGAUCAACAGCAAAAUGUUGGAGUCUUUUUCUAUUUAAUUAGAAAACAGACAAGAUUUCUAUCUUAAUGAUUAAUCAACACCAUGUGGCAAGUUUUUGCAAAUUUGGUAAGAUAAAAUGAAAUAAUUGGUAUGCUUCUUGCAUAAAAGCAGAUAAAAAGAUAAAUUUUUUUUUAUUUUCAGAAAAUAUGAUUAUGUACUUCAAAAACCAAGACACUCUACCACAAAACAGACAAAAUAAUCUGUUGGAAUUGAUAAGAGAAUUUGAUAAGGUGUAUGAAUAUAAAGUAAUCAUAGAAAUUAAGAGAUCUUUUCCCCUGUCUUGGUAAUAACCAAUAAAAAUUAGAAGAAAUAACAUUUAUGACAGCAAAAAAGAAUAAAAUGCAUAAGAAUACAUGAAUCAAGAAAGUUAAGGGACCUAUAUGAUGAGGAAAUCCAACAUCUUCUGAAAAGACUUAACAUAAGACCCAUCUUUUAGGAUGGUAAGAAUUAAUACUUUAAAAAUGCCAACAUUCCAUAUAUUAAUUCUAAUUUUAAUGGAACUUAGGAUUCUAUUUCUAUUCUUCUUCUUAGAAAUAGACAAAUGAUUUGAGGCUCAUAUAAAAAAAUCUGUUCAAAAAAAGACCAAGAGAUUUUUGACAGAAAAUAAUGAGGGCAGUAUUUAUUCUAUAAGUUAUUAAUAUAAUUUUAAGUUAUAGAAAUUAAAACACUACAAUAUUAGCAUUGGAUUGAGCAAGUAUUUAGUUAAAAAAAAAACCAAAAGUAUAUUCAAGCAUAUGAAGAAACAAAUGUAUGAUAAAAUUUAGUAAUUAAGUUAGGUUAAUUUAAUAAUUGGCUAUCAAAAGGGAAGGAAACAGAAUUAGACCUCCUUCACACUUUAUACAAAAUAGAUUUAUAGAAGAAUUUAAAAUCCUAACAGUUAAAUAAAAAAAAAUUAGAGGGACUAUCAGGAGUUUGUGUUGGGGAGACCAUCUUAAAGCAAGAAACAACAAAAUCUCAAAGGAAAAGACAGUCUUAAUGACAAAGUUCUUAAAUUUUAUACAGUAAAAACAUAUAAAGUUGAAAGAUGCCUUUUAGACUGGAAAAAUAUUUGUAAGAGACAGAGAUGAUAUCCUUAAUAUGCAAAACACUCCUAUGAAUUAACUGGGGGAAAAUAAUGUGGAAAUAGGAUCAAGGGACCCCAUGAGGCAAUUUAGAGAAGAGGAGAUGCACAUAAACGUUUGCAAAGAUGUUCAGCCUCAUUAUUUUUAAAAAAUGCAGAUUAAACUGACAAUAAGAUACCAUUUUCCACCCAGAUGACUGGCAAAACUAUGGAGAUCACAUCUAGUUCUGUGGAGGUUGCAGGAAAAUGAGAACUAUUAUCUGUGAAUUACUCCAACAUUUUGAUCCAAAAUAUUUAGCAAAAUUUGAUAAAAAAAAAAUUAAAUACACAUAUGCUAUGACCCCUGUAAUUGGAUUCCAUUAAUCCAAUUUUGGGAAAUGUAUAAGCACCAGUAUAAAAACUUGUUCAAGGAUGUGUAAUAUGAUAUUUCAUAGUUUCAACAGCUUAUAUAAACAGUGGGUAUAAAAAGACACAAUAUUCUUAAUUUCCAAAACUAACUUUAAAUUCAAACCUUAAGACUCCAGCUUGCUUUCUGAGGGACAAUUUGAUUUAGGUGCUUCCAGAUAAAUUCAGUUCAAUAAGCAAUUUUUAAAAAAACAUUAAGUAUAAUUUCCUAGUUUGUGGUUUCCAAUGAUGAGAUUUUAGUUGAGCUUUGAGGAAAGAGAGGAGUAGGACCAACAUAAGAGGUGAGUGCAUGUGUGUGUGUGUGCAUGUGUGUGAGAGUGUUGGUUGAGUAAACAAGAGAGGCACAUCCCAAUGGAAUAACAAUAAUAAUAUUGAACUGAAAAUGAAAUUGAAACUAAGAUUAUCCCAACUGGCCAAGAUAACUUUACCCUCCUCAGUUGGCUUUGAACAUCUUAUGUUUAUUGCUGCAGUGAUUAUUACUUUUCUGAAUGCAUUACAGCAGACAAGCAAGAAGAUUAGCCCCUGCCUACUGAGAUGUGCAUAAUGUCCCCAAGGAAUGUGAUGCCUUCCAGGAAUUUGAUAUUCUUAUUUUUCCGAGUGGAUGGUGUCCUAUUUUCAUCCUGCCUGAGCCUACGAAAGAGAACACCUGCAGAUCUUGGAAACAGUGUUCCUCAGGAGAAGGAAUAUAAAGGCUAUGAGCCCAAGAGCUGCCCUAGUAGCUUUCCAUGAGGCCAAAAGCUGCCAAGAGACUAAUGUGAAAGUAGGUAUGAUUGGCUACUUACACAAGUAAGUAUAAUCCUCAAAGGUAAAGAAGAGCUGUGUCCUCCAGCUGAGUAUGUGUAUGGUUUUAGGGUGUGCUAAAUUCAGGAAAUAGACUCUGGAUCUUAUCCCCUGCCUUGUAUCCUGCAUUAUAAUAUCACUGAAACAGAUAGUGCCUGGUUACAUCUGUCCAUUAACUAUUUGUGGUCCACUAGACUAUGAGCUCUAUAAAAUCAUAUUAUAUUUGCCUAGGGCAGGAGCUCUGCAUAAGUUGCCUAUCCAAAGUCUGAUCUCCCUCCUUCCUUAAUAAAAACUUGGAUUUGAAAAACUCUAUAGUUGAAAAAGUCUCAGACUCCUUUGCAAUAUGGAAUCUAUCUGAUACAGUUUCUGCCAAUGAGAUAAGUAAAAGUGAUAAAUGCAAAGUUUCUGGGAAAGUUUUGUUUUUGUAAUAAGUGCUACUGCUACCCCCUAUUCCUUGUGAUUUUCCUCUUAUUCUUCCUGCCUGGAAAAUGGAUGGAAGUGGAGCAAUCAUUUUGUGCCAUAAAAAUAAAAGCAAGAAGGAGCUUGGGACAUUUAUAUUAUCAUGGAAGCUGGAUUAACUCCAAAUUGUUGUUUUAUGAGAAAUACCCAUUAUUUGGUUAAAUGUGGUAGUAAAGUUUCUUUCAUAGUCAGUCAAAUGAAAUACCUUGCCUCCUCAUCAUUUUAUUAAACCAAACCAUUUGCAGAACUAAAGAAUAUCAAUCAUGUAGAAAGGACACACUUAACAUACAUGGUGGCUGAGUACUGCUAAUUUCAUGUGUGUCCUUCAAGGAACCAGAAACUCUUGUUUGUGAGAUAUGACUUAACAUAUAUAUGUAUGGUGUAUAAAUGUAUACAUUUAAACCUUUACUGAGUCAUGUUUCUUUCCAUUUAUAUGUUCAGUGGCUGAAAUCACCAAUCCAAUUACAUAUUAUAGAGUUGUAAACUUUAACCUUAAAAAUGAAUGUUUUGUUCAUAAUAAAUUUUGUUUAUAAUUCCAUGAGAAUACAAUGAAUCUGCUUAAGAAGUUAUUCAUUGCAACAAAUAGCUCACAGCAACACAGUUCAACUAGAAACAGUGCAUUUUAUACAGUAAAUGCUUUCUUUGUACCCUUCUCCUCUCACUUUUUAGAGCAUUGCUCUACUUCAGAUGGGCAAGAUAGGUUUGUAGACAGAAAGGCCAAGGAGAAAGUAGAAGGAAGAGAACAUUUAGGGGUAGUGGAGUGACAGAGAUGAGGGGCUCUGUAGAAGGCCUCUGAACAUGGGAUGUCACCAUUUAUGGCCAGAGACCCUUAUAGAAUGUUGAGCACUCGUGAAGGGUCCAAAUGAACAGGAGACUUUUUCGAGUGACAACAUGAAUGAAUGUUAUGGAUGGGUCUGAAACCCUACAUUCUAGGCUCCAGUCCAAUGUUGCUCUCUGCAAUUGUGCAGAACCUCAAUUCCCUCAUUAUCAAGGAAGACAUAUAUAUCUCAUUAGCUUUACAUAACAUUUUGACUUGCUAAUUAUAAGUGUAAAUUGUAUUUCAGUAUGUGUGCUUAUACUUGUGGACAUUUUGUUCUUAUAGAUUCACUGGCCCACAGGAAUUGUAGUUUAAUGGAAAUAGGGCUGGGCUUGGAGCCAGAAAACCUGGCUGGAAUAGACCUAGUUGUUAAGCCAUAGACCUGGUUGUAUAAUUUUGUGCAACUCUUGGGCGCCUGGGUGGCUCAGUUGGUUAAGCGACUGCCUUCGGCUCAGGUCAUGAUCCUGGAGUCCCAGGAUCGAGUCCCACGUCGGGCUCCCUGCUCAGCGGGGAUGUCUGCUUCUCCCUUUGACCCUCUUCCCUCUCAUGCUCUCUCUCUUUCUCUCUCGCAAAUAAAUAAAAUCUUAAGAAAAAAAAUAAUAAUUUUGUGCAACUCUUAUCUGUAAGCCUCAGAAAAAUAGAGAUAAUAGUCAUCUUACAGUGUGUUAUGAAGCUUUUAUAAAAUAGCGUAGUUGUCCCACAGGACUCCCCAGUAAAACUGAAGAGAUGAAAGAUAGAAGCAUCGGAAAGGGGUGUGGCCAAGCCGUAUGGGUUAGCAGGGGUCUCAAGCUUGAAUACCUACAAGUUCAUGCAGGUAAUACAAAGGUGUGAAGUAGUAACUCUGUGGUGAUUUACAGAGUACUGGCCCUGGAGGGCAUAAACUUCUGAAGCUCAAACUGAUUGUUGUUAUGUAAAAAAUGUAGGCUUAGAUUUUCUGAUUUUUAAAGAGAUGCCAGGAAUGUGGGUGCAAAACUUUGUUUUCAAAAUAAUGGCAAAUACUUCAGAAUGUUAAAAGAUUGUUGGACCAAACAACAUAACCAUGGAUGUAGUUAGUGGGUACUGGUUUGUGAUCUUUGAGUUUCAGUGGAUUUUAGGGCAGGGCUUCAAUUUUUCUUUUCUUCUAGUUUAAGAAAACCUGUUGGCUGAGGAGACUCUUACAAAUAUCUGAGGUUCUUGUCUCCAGCACAACUUCUUAAUUUACCUUACAAGUAAACAGGCUCCAUUAAAAACAAACAAACAAACAAACAAAAACACAGGAGAGCCCAGCCAAAUAAAAGGUGUUGAAAGGAAGUUGCCUUAUUUCAUCUGGAACAAUGAGUAGGCAGAGGAUAUAUCGGCUCUGUGUGUAAAGUAAGGAUGAUUGAAUGUGACCAGGAAGUGGCCAAGAACAUGAAUAUCUAAAAGAAGUAAUCUAAAAUAGGCUCACUGGGACAUCAGAAAAAAACUCUUUUUUUUUUACCCACUGUCCAGCAUCUUUUAGUUUGAAAUCCUCAGGUAUAGGACCAGUUGUCGUCAGUAUAGUCAGGUCUUUGUGAAUAUGAAACACUUCAUUGAAAUCUUAUUGUCUGAACAUUUUCGUCCUGAUCUCUAUUUUUUGUUUUAGUUUUUGGAGCAUCAUCUGGGGAGAGGAGAGUUCUCUGCUGCUGCUUCAUCCUAGCGAGAGAAGCCACACACUUACGCUGAGGUAGGAUUUGACAAACACUUCUGAAACAUAGGUUAAAUCUAUUAGAAUCAACUGUUGGAAAAUUCAAAUUCCUCAUAGCGUGGAGUUAUUUAUUACAGAGUAGAUUGGAGGGAUUAUGUGGUGGGGAGUAGCAAUUGCAAAAAAAAGGAGAGAUCAGGUCUGUUGGGUUCUGACUCUGCUCUAAACCUUAUGCUAUUUGAUCUCUUUUGGGAAUUGCAUUCAGAUAUGUAGAUUUCUGGACUCCUUCCAAUUCAACAGAGGAAACUAAAUUCUUAGUGAUGGGACACCUGUGUGGCUCAGUCAGUUAAGUGUCUGCCUUCAGCUCAGGUCAUGAUCUCAGAAUCCUGGGAUUGAGCCCAGAGCCCAGCAUUGUGUCAGGGUCCCUGCUCAGCAGGAAGUCUGCUUCUCCCUCUCCCUGCCUCUUCCCCCCCCGCUUGUGCUCACUCUCUCAAAUAAAUAAAUAAAAUCUUUUAAAAAAAAGAGAUAUUCUUAGUGAUAAUUAUCCUUUAGUAAAUCAAAUACUACAAACACUUCAACCAAAAUCAGAAAUUUGACCAAGCUGAAUGUAAACAUUCUUUGGCUAAAUUGAUAUGAAUAUUGCAUAGUAGUUUCUCCCCUCAGUUUGAAUUUCGUUGCAUAAUUUAUAGAUUUUAACCUUAGAUAUUCUAUAUUUUCUCAAGUUUUGUGGGAAUUGAUAUGAUGAUAUGUUUCUUAAUAUCCAUAAUUUCAAUAACUGAAAUGUCAUUUAGGAACUUGAAUAACUUUAUAAUAAUACGUGGUUGUAAAUCAUAAAAUUUUUACAAAAAAUCUAACCAUUUGUUGACAUUGAUCUAAGUUCUUAAAAUAUUUUUCUUUGAAAAAUUCCUCAUGGUUCUCUAAUGCUUCAGUAAGAACACUGCAUCUUUGAAUCAUUGUCAUCAUUAGGAAAUGUGUAAGAUUUGUGAAGAUCUAAAUAAAUCUGACAAGUAAAAACAUUUCCUCUGUUCUGUAUCAUCCAGGCUGGUCUGAUUUAAUCUUAUUUAAAGGAAACAUUUCUAUUGUGCAGUUCUGCUAAAACUCUUUUAAUAAAUUAAGAAUUAAUUUCAAAAUUUAAAUAUAAAUUCUAUGAAUAAUUCAAUUUACACUGAACUUUUUCUUUUUGUCCAACACAUGACCCAAUUUUAGUGUUUUUUAAUGGAAAUACUUAGUGUCUAUACCUGUCUUACCUUUAAAUCAGGUUUAGAUGAUUAUUUUUUUAUGUGAUUAGUUUUAUGUAUUUAUUUUAUUAUGUUCAGUUAGUCACUGUAUCAUUAGUUUUUGAUGUAGUGUUCAGUGAUUCAUUGGUUGUGUAUAACACCCAGUGUUCAUCACACACGUGCCCUCCUUAAUACCCAUCACCCUAUUACCCCAUCCUCCACCCCCCUCCCCUCUGAAACCGUCAGUUUGUUUCCCAGGGUCCAUAGUCUUAGGCUCCAAACCCAGUGUAGAACCCAAGAUGGUUAUUUUUCUUAACUUUUGGCAUAUAAGAAUUAAAACAUGAAGAUAAAGUAUGGAAACUUUUAAAAGCAUUAAGAUACCAUUUUUAUCAGGACUAUUUAGUAAAUAUAGCAAUGGAAAUAUUGAGAAUAUGAAUUUAUCCUCAAAAUCCCAACCAUUAAAAAACAUUCCUUGCCGACUGGGCGGAGCAAGAUGGCAGAGGAGUAGGAGACCUGGAUUUCGUCUGGUCUCAGGAAUUCUGCUGGAUAGGGAUCAAACCAUUCUGAACACCUACAAACUCAACAGGAGAUCAAAGAAAAGAAUAGCAACAACUCUCUGAACAGAAAAGCGACCACUUUCUGGAAGGUAGGAUGUUCAGAGAAGUGAAUACAAGGCGAUAUUCGGGAGGAUAGAUGGCAGGGGAAGGGGGCCUCUGUGGGCCACUUCUGGCAAGUGAUAGGGCAGUGGAGCACAAAAUCGGAAAUUUUAGAAGUCUGCUCUGCUGAGGGAUGUUGCUCCAGGGGCUAAAUGGGGGUGGAACCCUCACGGGACAGUGUGGUCUCAGGAUCCUUGGCAUCACAAAAAGACUGGGGGUGCCUGAGUGUGGCAGAGCUCCCAGGUAUCAGAGCGGGGAAGCCAGCUGCAGAGACGGAGCUGAGGAGCGGGUUGCCAUAAACCGUGAUCCGUGGCACAGUCGGGCCACUGCUCCUCCAGCAGGGACCCAACAAGCAGCAGAUCCGGGGAGACUCCCCUUCCUCCCAGGGGAGGAGCAGCGUGGGAGCGCACUGCAGGGAUCUGCUAGGUUUGGAGAAUCCGCACAAGGUCGGAUGCCAGAGAUAGAAACGCUCGGCUGGGUGAAUGUGGAGUGUGGCCAGAGACCGGGGAGACAGGAGUGACUGCUUUUCUCUGGGGGUGCAUUGAGGAGUGGGGCCCCGAGUUCUCAGCUCCUCCGGGGUGGAGAUUGGGAGGCCGCCAUUUUCACUCUCCUCCAAAGCUGUACGGAAAGCUUGCAGGGAACAAAAGCUCCUGAGAGCAAACCUGAGAUUACUUAGCCCGGAAUGGCAAGGGUGGGGCAAUUCCGCCUCUGGCAAAGACAUUUGAGAACCACCGCAACAGGUUUCUCCCCCAGAAGAUCAGCAAAAACAGCAAGCCAAGACCAAGUUUACCAUCAAUGAGAAUGGCAGAACUCCAGCACUAGGGGAAUACUACACAUAGAAUCCAUGGCUUUUUUGUACAAUAAAUUUUUUAGUCUUUCAAAGUUAAUUUUUUGAAUUUUUCUUUUUCCCUUUUUCAACCAACAUCUUAUCAAUCCCUUUUUUAAAAAACAUUUUUAUUUUUCAUUUUUAGAGUCAUAUUCUAUCCCUUCAUAGUAGUUACCCUUAUUUUUGGUAUAUAUAAGUUCUCUCUUUAAAAUUUUGAGAUACAGUUUCUUCUAACAGAUCAAAAUAUACCCUAAAUCUCUAGUGAUUGGCUUUGUUCUUGUCUCCUGACUGAUCACAGUCUCUCCUUUUUUUUUAAAUCCUUUCUUUUUUCAAACAACUUCUUAUCAAUUCCUUUUAUAAAAGUUUUUAUAAUUUUCAUCUUUACAAUCAUAUUCCAUCCCUUCAUCAUAUCAACACUUAUUUUUGUAAUAUAUGUAAGUUUUUCUUUCUUUAAAAUUUUGGGAGGCACUUUCUUCUAACAGACCAAAAUACACUGAAAAUCUAGUGUGUGGCACUGAUCUAUGCACCAGCUUGAUCAUAUUUGAUCAUAUUCUGGUUUUUUUUUUUUGUUCUGUUUUUGUUUGCUUUUAUCUUUUUCUUUUUUUUUUUUCUUUCUUUCCCUUACUUUUCCCCUGGCUUCAGGUCUUCUCUGAUUUGUUUAGAGUAUAUUUUCUGGGGAGGUUGUUACCCUGUUAGCAUUUGGUUCUCUCAUUCAUCUAUUCUCCUCUGGACAAAAUGACAAGACAGAAAAAAUCACCUCAACAAAAAGAACAAGAGGCAGUACUGACUGCCAGGGACCUACUCAAUACGGACAUUAGUACAAUGUUGGAUCUAGAGUUCAGAAUCAUCACUUUAAAGAUACUAGCUGGGCUUGAAAAAAGCAUGGAAGUUAUUAGAGAAAUCCUUUCUGGAGAAAUAAAAGAACUAAAAUCUAACCAAGCCAAAAUCAAAAAGGCUGUUAUGAGGUGCAAUCAAAAAUAGGGGUGCUAACUACUAGGAUAAAUGAGGCAGAAGAGAGAAUCAGUAAUACAGAAGACCAAAUGAUGGAAAAUAAAGAAGCUGAGAAAAAGAGAGAUAAACAACUACUGGAUCACGAGGGCAGAAUUCGAGAGAUAAGUGAUACCAUAAGGUGAAACAACAUUAGAAUAAUUGGGAUCCGAGAAGAAGAAGAAAGAGAGAGAGGGGCAGAAGGUAUAAUGGAGCAAAUUAUAGCAGAGAACUUCCCUUAUUUGGGAAAGGAAACAGGCAUCAGAAUCCAGGAGGCACAGACAACCCCCCUCAAAAUCAAAAAUAGGUCAACACCCCAAUAUCUAAUAGUAAAACUUACGAGUCUCAGAGACAUAGAGAAAAUCCUGAAAGCAGCUCGGGAGAAGAGAUCUGUAACCUAUAAUGGUAGAAACAUUAGAUUGGCAACAGACCUAUCCACAAAGACCUGGCAGGCCAGAAGGACUGGCAUGAUAUAUUCAGAGCAUUAAACGAGAACAAUAUGCAGCCAAGAAUACUAUAUCCAGCUAGACUGUCAUUGAAAAUGGAGAGAUAAAAAUCUUCCAGGACAAACAAAAAGUAAGGGAAUUUGCAAACACGAAACCAGCCCUACAAGAAAUAUUGAAAGGAGUCCUCUAAGCAAAGAGAGACCCUAAAAGCAACAUAGACCAGAAAGGAACACAGACAAUAUACAGUAACAGUCACCUUACAGGCAAUACAAGGCACUAAAUUCAUAUCUUUCAGUAGUUACCCUGAAUGUAAAUGGGCUCAAUGCCCCAAUCAAAAGACACAGGCUAUCAGAUUGGAUUAAAAAACAAGACCCAUCGAUAUACUGUCAGCAAAAGACUCAUUUUAGACCCAAAGACACCCCCAGAUGGAAAGUGAGGGGGUGGAAAACCAUUUACCAUGCUAAUGGACACCAAAAGAAAGCUGGGGUGGCAAUCCUUAUAUCAGACAAAUUAGAUUUUAAACAAAAGACUGAAAUAAGAGAUGAAGGACACUAUAUCCAACUUAAAGGGUCUAUACAACAAGAAGAUCUAACAGUUGUAAAUAUCUAUGCCUGUAACAUGGGAACAGCCAAUUAUAGAAGGCAAUUAAUAACAAAAGCAAAGAAACACAUCGACAACAAUACAAUAAUAGUGGGGGACUUUAACACCCCCCCUCACUGAAAUGGACAGAUCAUCUAAGCAAAAGAUCAACAAAGAAAUAAAGGCUUUAAAUGACACACUGGACCAAAUGGACUUCACAGACCUAUUCAGAACAUUCCACCCCAAAGCAACGGAAUACACAUUCUUCUCUAGUGCCCAUGGAACAUUCUCCAGAAUAGAUCACAUCCUAGGUCACAAAUCAGAUCUCAACUGGUACCAAAGAUUGGGAUCAUUCCCUGCCUAUUGUCAGACCACAGUGCUUUGAAACUAGAACUCAAUCGCAAGAGGAAAGUUGGAAAAAAACUCAAAUACAUGGAGGCUAAAGAGCAUCCUAUGAAAGAAUGAAUGGGUCAACCAGGAAAUUAAAGAAGAAUUAAAAAAAUUCAUGGAAACCAAUGAAAAUGAAAACACAACUAUUCAAAAUCUUUGGGAUGCAGCAAAGGCAGUCCUAAGAGGAAAGUAUAUAGCAAUACAAGCCUUUCUCAAGAAACAAGAAAGGUCUCAAGUACACAAGCUAACCCAACACCUAAAGGAGCUAGAGAAAAAACAGCAAAUAAAGCCUAAACCCAGCAGGAGAAGAGAAAAAAUAAAGGUCAGAGGAGAAAUCAAUGAAAUAUUAACCAAAAGAACAGUAGAACAGAUCAACGAAACUAGGAGCUGGUUCUUUGAAAGAAUUAACAAGAUAGAUAAACCCCUGGCCAGACUUAUCAAAAAGAGAAGAGAAAUGACCCAAAUCAACAAAAUCAUGAAUGAAAGAGGAGAGAUCACAACCAACACCAAAGAAAUAUAAACAAUUAUAAGAACAUAUUAUGAGCAACUCUAGGCCAGCAAAUUAGAUAACCUGAAAGAAAUGGAUGCAUUCCUAGAGAUGCAUCAACUACCAAAACUGAACCAGGAUGAAAUAGAAAACCUGAACAGACCUAUAACCACUAAGGAAAUUGAAGCAGUCAUCAAAAAUCUCCCAACAAACAAAAGCCCAGGGCCAGAUGGCUUCCCAGGGGAAUUCUACCAAACAUUUCAAGAAGAAUUAAUACCUAUUCUUCUGAAACUGUUCCAAAAAAUAGAAAUGGAAGGAAAACUUCCAAACUCAUUUUAUGAGGCCACCAUUACCUUGAUCCCAAAACCAGACAAAGACUCCAUCAAAAGGGAGAAUUACAGACCAAUAUCCCUGAGGAACAUGGAUGCAAAAAUUCUCACCAAAAUACUAGCCAAUAGGAUCCAACAGGACAUUAAAAGGAUUAUUCCCCACGACCAAGUGGGAUUUAUCCCUGGGCUGCAAGGUUGGUUCAACAUGCGCAAAUCAAUUAACAUGAUACAAUACAUUAACAAAAGAAAGAACAAGAAUCAUAUGAUUCAAUAGAUGCAGAAAAAGCAUUUGACAAAGUACAGCAUCCUUUCUUGAUCAAAACUCUUCAGAGUAUAGGGAUAGAGGGUACAUACCUCAAUAUCAUAAAAGCCAUCUAAGAAAAACCCACAGCAAAUAUCAUUCUCAUUGGGGAAAAACUGAGGGCUUUACCCCUAAGGUCAGGAAAAUGGCAGGGAUGUCCACUAUCACCACUGCUAUUCAACAUAGUAUGAGAAGUCCUAGCCACAGCAAUCAGACAACAAAAAGAAAUAAAAGGCAUCCAAAUUGGCAAAGAAGGAGUCAAACUUUCACUCUUUGCAGAUGAUAUGAUACUUUAUGUGGAAAACCCAAAAGACUCCACCCCAAAACUGCUAGAACUCAUACAGGAAUUCAGUCAAGUGGCAGGGUAUAAAAUCAAAGUACAGAAAUCAGUGGCAUUCCUAUACACCAACAACAAGACAGAAGAAAGAGAAAUUAAGGAGUUGAUCCCAUUUACAAUUGCACCCAAAACCGUAAGAUACCUAGGAAUAAAUCUAACCAAAGAGGCAAAGGAUCUGUACUCAGAAAACUAUAAAAUACUCAUGAAAGAAAUUGAGGAAGACAAAAAGAGAUGGAAAAAGGUUCCAUGCUCAUGGAUUGGAAGAACAAAUAUUGUGAAGAUGUCAAUGCUCCCUAGAGCAAUCUACACAGUCGAUGCAAUCCCUAUCAAAAUACCAUCCACUUUUUUCAAAGAAAUGGAACAAAUAAUCCUAAAAUUUGUAUGGAACUAGAAAAGACUCCGAAUAGCCAGAGGAAUGUUGAAAAAGAAAAGCAAAGCUGGCGGCAUCACAAUUCCAGACUUCCAGCUCUAUUACAAAGCUGUCAUCAUCAAGACAGUAUGGUACUGGCACAAAAACAGAUACAUAGAUCAACAGAACAGAAUAGAGAGCCCAGAAAUGGACCCUCAACUCUAUGGUCAACUAAUCUUUGACAAAGCAGGAAAGAAUGUCCAAUGGAAAAAAGACAGUUUCUUCAAUAAAUGGUGCUGGGAAAAUUGGACAGCCACAUGCAGAUUAUUGAAACUGGACCAUUUCCUUACACCACACACAAAAAUAGACUCCAAAUGGUUGAAAGACCUCAAUGUGAGACAGGAGUCCAUCAACAUCCUAAAGGAGAACACAGGCAGCAACCUCUUCGACCUCAGCUGCAGCAACUUCCCCCUAGAAACAUCACCAAAGGCAAGGGAAGCAAGGGCAAAAAUGAACUAUUGGGACUUCAUCAAGAUAAAAAGCUUUUGCACAGCAAAGGAAACAGUCAACAAAACCAAAAGACAACUGACAAAAUAGGAGAAGAUAUUUGCAAAUGACAUAUCAGAUAAAGGGCUAGUAUCCAAAAUCUAUAACGAACUUAUCAAACUCAACACCCAAAGAACAAAGAAUCCAAUCAAGAAAUGGGCAGAAGACAUGAACAGACAUUUUUCCAAAGGAGACAUCCAAAUGGCCAACAGACACAUGAAAAAGUGCUCAACAUCGCUUGACAUCAGGGAAAUCCAAAUCAGAACCUCAAUGAGAUACCACCUCCCACCAGUCAGAAUGGCUAAAAUUAACAAGUCAGGAAACGACCGAUGUUGGCGGGGAUGCGGAGAAAGGGGAACCCUC